AUGUCAACUUAUGAUGAUCGUUUCGUGUAUAGUGGUCACCUCACUAUAAACGUGAAAAUGAAAUUUAUUCAAACAACGAAGCAUAUUGCUGUGGAGCACUUUUAUCCAAAAUCAUCCGUACAUCAGGACUACGUGAAAGAUAAACAUGAACGCAAAAUUGAAGGCGUAGCAAACACUGAAUCUCUUAGAUAUCUGUACGAAAGUUUCUACAUGCCACUGGUGUUUUUAAUACUUGGUGCGAUUCCUGUACUGCCGUUGUCCAUUUUCCAGAAACUGGAAGAAGAUUUUCCACUUAAUGAAAUACUUAUAGCACUUUCGGUUUUGUUAUGGUCUUUGGCAUUGCAUACUAUAACCACAAUUUUGAGACGUUUUAUUAUUGUACCAUGGGGGAUUACAAUCAUUCUAGCUGUGGUGCCAUUGAUAAUUGGUUGCAAAACAGAAAAGCAGAGUGCAAAAAAGAGAAUAAUACUAAUGGGCGUUGCUUGUGGAAUGAUUCUUUUGAGUGUCGUCCUCCUUAUUGCUUUUAGACUUUCCAAAUUUGAAAAAACUGCAUACAUUUCCACUGGACUGUCCUUGGCUUUCGCUAUACAACUUGUGGGUCAGACAUUGAAUUUCGAAGAUAUUCAUGUGUUAUUUGUCUUUCAUUCCGAAUUUUUCAAUUACCAGGUGUUAUAUCUCGCUGGACAAGGUUUAAAGCGUUGUGGCAAUGCAACAACGAAGACCCUUCUGCCAGCUUGGUUGGCCCUUAUUACUUGAGCGUGUGUUGCACUGUUAUUUAUAUCCAUAUCAUUUAUGUUUAUGGAGGGCAAAGUUGAACAAGAGAACUUUUAAUACUUCAACGUGUUCCUGUUUGGCAAUUUAAAUGUCGUUUUUGUGCAUAAAUCAUCCAACUGUUUGUUCCUAUACUUGGUUUUGUUUUCAAGAUGAAUCCUAUUUAAAAAAUAUAUUUUGCAUUCAUAAAUGUUAUCCUGUAUUAUACCAAGACUCCACGAAUAAAGCAUUAAAUGGAAUAUGAAUGUCAGCUGCCUUUGGCUAAAUAUACUUCACUCAAGUUAGCCUGGUAAUGCGAGAAUAACGCACUUCAAAACAACGCUUUUUUACACUAAUUAACGCCUGCAGUUUGCUUCGGUAAUCAGAAUUAUCCAUGAUAACUGCUAAUGAACAUUAGUAUGGAUCAUUAACACUAAAACGGACCUCCUUUCCACUUACCAUGAAACCUUUGACAUUCACGCAAAAUCUUGAUAUUGGAUUGACCAUUACAGAGAUAAAUGUCAGCAGUAAUUUGUGAUCCUGGAUUCUGAUUCGAAGGGGACGCCCACUUUGGCCAAUGUAAUGUCUGUUAAACUUCAUAAAAUUUAUUUUGUAAUUGAUAAUAAUUUAUUUUCAUUCUCUGUUGGAUCUUUCGGUUUACAAACACGGUUAAAAAGAGUUCAAACACACUGUUGAAGAGAAUGGAAGAAAAAUACCUACUAACCGUCUUCUUUAAGAAUGAAUACCCUCAAAAUUUCACCUAAACCUGUUUAAAACCAAAACUUCGACACUACAAGAAACGAUCACCAAAGAAUACAAGAAAAUUCUUCCAUAUAUAAAACAAUAUCUCUGAAAUAACAUCUAGAAUAUUAGGACCGUAGAUACAGCACACAAGCCAUCCCAAUCAUUUCAUUAAAUAUUUUGUACUCCUUGAACGAGAUUUCCACGUGUUUUGUAGUUACUUUCAAAGUUCAUUCGUGGAACAGAGUUUUGGAAGGCGAGGAUCUUCCUACCUUUUAUCUGAAACCAUGUGAACAAGUCUUCGUAGAUACGUUUGGAUAGCAACCACUAAAGAGGUACAAAUCAAAUUCCUCAAACCGCCAAAGCAAUAUCGAUUCACUUGUUCAAUGCUGAGCUGGUCAUAACAAAGACGUUUGUUCAGUCAAUAAAUCUUUAAUGAACCUGAUCUACCCCACAUCAAAGGGGGCAUCGUCCUAU